AUGGAGAAUCAUAGGUACGUAGCAGUACCAAGGGGCGAACCUCUAAAACUGUUAGAUUAUCAGAAAACUGAUGAAAGGUCACGAUAUGCAUCAAAUCAUCAUACAUCAUCGGAAUUAUUCGAAAAGUAUUGGAGAAAGCGUCAUAUACGAUUAAAAAGCCAAGUUGGAAGAUUAUCCGAUGGAUUUCGUCGUAAUGUCAAAGUUAUAUUUGUUUAUCGUAAUGGUGAUACAUUUACACCAGCUAUACGUGUACAUUUAAGACCUAUACAAGCAAUGGAUUUCGAAUUAAUUAUGCGUGCAAUUGAAGAUUGUGUUAUUUUACCAUAUGGAAAAGCUGUUCGAAGGUAA